AUGAGUAGUCAGGAACUGGUCACUUUGAAUGUGGGAGGGAAGAUAUUCACAACAAGGCUUUCUACUAUAAAGCAGUUUCCUGCUUCUCGGUUGGCACGAAUGUUAGAUGGCAAAGACCAAGAAUUCAAGAUGGUUGGUAGCCAGAUUUUUGUGGACAGAGAUGGUGUUUUAUUUAGUUUCAUCUUAGAUUUUUUGAGAACUCACCAACUUUUAUUACCCACUGACUUUUCAGACUAUCUUAGGCUUCAGAGAGAGGCUCUUUUCUAUGAACUUGAUUCUCUGGUUGAUCUCUUAAACCAACACAUUCUAGAGCCAAGACCUGCUUUCCUCGAGGUGCAUUUCCUAAAUCGAAACACGCAAGCCUUUUUCAGAGUGUUUGGCUCUUGCAGCAAAACAAUUGAGAUGCUAACUGGGAGAAUUACAGUGUUUAUAGAGCAGCCAGCAGCAUCCACUUGGAGUAGUAACUCUUUCCCUCCUCAGAUGACCUUACUUCCACUGCCUCCACAAAGACCUUCUUACCACGACCUGGUUUUCUACUGUGGCUCUGACAGCACUACUGAUAAUCAAAUUGGAGUCAGGUAUGUUUCUAUAAAACCUGAUAACCGAAAAUUGGCCAAUGGAACAAAUGUCCUCGGCUUACUAAUUGACAUUUUGCUAAAGGAAGGCUUUCAUCUGGUCAGCACAAGAACAGUAUCUUCAGAAGACAAAAGUGAAUGCUAUAGCUUUGAAAGAAUAAAACCCCUUGAAGUCCUCACCAUGAAUUCAACACCAAAACUGGAGGCAGAACAGUCUCAGAAAAAGAAAUGAAGUUGCCAUUAUCCUGUUUGGAAAUGCCAAUGCUGGGGCAUCUCUGUCAGUCAAAUCUGUACUUAGCCUUUUUUUUAAGUACUUAUAAAUUCUUUUUUUUUUUUUUAAAUACUUUUUAAAGUUAUAGAUGGAUACCUUUAUUUUAUUUAUGUAUUUAUUAUGUGGUGCUGAGGAUCAAACUCAGUACCUCACAUGUAUUAGCCAAGUGCUUUACCACUGAGCUACAACUCCAGCCCUUCAGCCUAAAUUUUUGACCUCAUCUACCACAUCACCUUUGGGCAACUAGGCCCCCCAAAUGCUUAAGCCACACUGAAUUUCCUCCUGCUUUCUAAAAAAUACCAUGACCUGGUGUUUUGCUAUAUGUUCCUUCUACCUUCAAUGCCAUUCUUCAUGAAUACUUACAUAGUUUUAAAAAAUGAGCUAUGGAGGCCGGGCAUGGUGGCAUACGCCUGUAAUCCCAGCGGUCUGAGAAGCUGAGGCAGGAGGCUUGCGAGUUCAAAGCCAGCCCUCAACAACGGUGAGGUGUGAAGCAACUCAGUGAGACCCUGUAUCUAAAUAAAAUACAAAUAGGGCUGGGGAAUGUGGCUCAGUGGUUGAGUGCCCCUGAAUUCAAUCCCUGGUACCUUCCCCAGCCCCACCCUCCACACAUAAAAAGGGCUAUGGAGUUGAGAUUGUAGCUCAGUGGUAGAGCAUUUGCCUAGCAUGUGUGAGGCACUGGGUUUGAUCCUUAGCACCACAUAAAAAUAAAUAAAGGUAUUAUGUCCAUCUACAACUAAAAAUAUUUUUUAAAAAUGAUGGGUAUGGAGUUAGACUUGCUUCCCCCCCCCCCCCGCCCCCGGUGGUGCUGGGGGUUGAGCCCAGAGACCUGUGCAUGCUAGGCAAGCACUCUACCAAUUGAACUAUAGCCUGGACUGCUUAUUUCUAAUCCCAGCUCAGCUCAGUCAAUUAUGAACUGUGUGACUUAGGCAAGACAUUUAACCUCUCUCUGUGUUUCAGCUCAUCUGUUAGCUAAGUAUAAUAAAGAUGUCUUCCUCAUAGGAUACAUGGGGAUAGGAUUAAAGGAGAUAAAGUACUCAAUAAUGUUGCUUGGCGUAUGGUAGGCACUUGGUAACAGUGAUGAUGCUGAAAAUGGAUAACGCACUUUCAACUGAAUCUUUUCUGUGAGGUCAUUUUCUUUUCCUAAAUAUAUUAAUUAACCAUUCUUCCUUUAUUUUUGGUGAUGCUGGGGAUCAAACCUGGGGUCUCAUAUAUGCCAAGCAUGUAUUCUAGAACUGACCUAUACACCCAGCAACCCUUCUGUAUAGAUUUGAUGCCAUCAUAAAAACAACUUUUUUAAAAUUGCUUUUAUUUUUUAAGUACUUGACAACAGAAUGUAUCACAAUUCUUAUUACAACUUUUUCUUACUUGAAUGGAACUUCUUGAUCUACCUUAACAGUUUUUAUACUGUUUUGUGUAAAGGUGCUAAAUACUAAAAAUCUUUAUUACUAAUUAAAACACUAAAAACCUUUGUUACUAAUCAAUACCUAAAUUUAGUGAAAAGCUUUGGAAUAAUCUCUACCAACAUUUAAAAUAUGCAUAUUUUGAUUUAAUAGUUUCUCUUAUAGGUGUUAUGUAUGUCAUUUUAAAUACUAGGAUAAAUACCCAGAAGAGGUAUUUAUUAAAAUAAAAAAAAAGCGCAUGUGCUUUGCACAUAGUCGAGUUAAAGGCUGUUGAGUGAAAAUGUUCAACUGGGCAUGGUGGUGUGUGCCUGUAAUCCCAGUGACUCAGGAGGCUGAGGCAGGAGGAUCACAAAUUUGAGGCCAGCCCCAGGAACUUAGUGAGGCCCUAAGCAAUUUAGCAGGACCCUCCCCUCACCUCCCCCCCACCGCCAAAAAAAAAAAAAAACAAACAACUAAAGAGGGCUGAA